AUGGCUUCCAAUAAUCUCGACACAUCGUCAUAUCUCAGUCCGAGCAUGAACGGAUCCGGAAUCAUGUCGUCCUCGCUCUCGUCGCUCUCGCCGUCCGUCUCCUCGGCGCGCCAUUCGUCCUCGUCCAACAUCUCAAAGGCCUACAGACAGGCCUCAACACUAUUCCUCACCCGUCGACUGCCCGAAGCUCUGUCGACCGUUCUACCUUUAAUCACACCGUCCCCUUCCGAAUCCGCCACUCCCGGUGAUGUCGCUUCUGGCGCCGCUGCACUCGACCCGGCACCUGUCGCCAAGGCGUCGCGAUCCACCAGGAUAAAGGUGUGGAGUCUGUACCUGACCAUCCUCAAUGCGAUCCUGGAGUUGAACUCGGACGAGGGCAAGGACGCCUUUGGCACGCACGAGUGGAGGGCCCUCUGCCACAAGGUGCGCGAGGGCGAGGUUUGGGAGGAAGUCGUGCGUAACGGAUACCAUGGGUCGGAGGGAGACGUGGAUGCAGAUGUGGUUAUUAACCUAGCCACCCUCCUCCUCGGCCACGCCAAAACCCAAACCCUCAACCAAAAGCGUCUAGAAAACUACCUAGCCGCCGCCCGCACCCCCAACCUCGACUUGACCGACCGUCUUUCUGGUCCUGGCGCUUCCUCCGCCUCUCCAGCCCGUCGUCUACGCUCAUCCUCCAAAUCCGGAGUCCCUGGUCACGGCGCCGACACCCCCCGCGACCUCAACGCGCGCGUCAAGAUCCUCGAGCUGUACACUUUGCACGUGCUCCCGCGCAAUGACGAGUGGGCGUGCGCGCGCGAGUUCAUCAACAUGAGUGCGGUGCUGGACGACGAGCGGAAAGAAGCCUUCAUCCAGGCUUUGGACUCGCUGAAAGAGGAGCAGGAAGAGGCGGAGCGCAAAGCGCGCGAGAAGGAGGAUGCGAUUCGCAAGGAUAUCGAGAACGCGCGCAAGCUGAGGGCGGAGAACGAAGAGAAGGAAAAGAAGAGGCUGGAGGAGGAAAGGCUCAAGAGAGAAGCGGCGGGGGCAAAUACGGCGGUUAGUGUGGGGAGCGGACCGACGACGGAAGGUGAUUUUGGUGUCGAUGGCGGUUCUGCGGCCAAGGGGACAGGGACAACGAAGAAACCGAGUCUGAAGAAGAAGGCUUCUUCGUUGAAGAAUGGAGGGGCUUCGUCGUCAUCGGCGAAACCGGCCAGGCCGUCCAGAAAGGGAGCGUCAUCACCGACUGCGACGAAGACGACGGGUUCUUCGAGCGCAGUGGCUGGCCCAGGAAUGGGCACGAAAGCGUCCUUGAUAUUGAACAAUAUCCGGUCGGUGCUGGAUCAGGUCAUGACGGCGUUCCAUGGGAACCCAUUCCUGCUGUACCGGACGUUGGCGUUUAUCGUUGGGUUCUUGCUGAUGUUCAGUAACAAGAGGGUGAGAGAGAGAAUCACAAAGGUGGUGCAGCAGGGGUGGGGGAAAGUGAGGGCUACAGCUGGAAUGGGUAUGAAGGUCAGUUACAUCUGA